AUGGGUUUUGCACGCAAAGGAUAUACAUUCCUGGGCCUACUUGCUUCAGCAUGUCUUGCCACUGCUUCUAAUUCAUUUGGCAAUGGAACUUGCACGCAAGUCAACCAACGCAAAGCAUGGCAUACCUUGACCGAUGAUGAAAAAGCCGAGUAUCUGCGUGCCGAGAAAUGCUUGAUCGAGUCGCCGGCCAAGGGCGGUGUUGUUGAUGGCGCUGUUACGCGAUGGGAUGAACUGCAUUGGGUACACAUUACACAGUCCAACGUCAUUCAUGGUGUCGGAGACUUUCUCCCGUGGCACCGGUUGUACAUGCGCGUACACGAGAAGCUCCUCCAAGAAGAGUGCAACUACACUGGCACGCAGCCUUACUGGGACGAACAACGCGAUGCAGAUGCCAGCACGUCUCUCGCAGAUGCCUCCGUCUUUGGCACCGACGAGUUGAGCUUUGGCACCACACAGGAUGGCUGCGUCGUUGACGGUGCUUUUGCCAAUACGACCCUCCGUCUCAAUCAGCUCUGGGGUGUCAAGAAUGUCACGGAAUACUGCCUCAGUCGCUCCUAUGACGAUUCGUACUGGGCAUGGGCCAACACUACAUACUCUGACGCCUGCUUUGCCAAGUCAAACUAUACUGAAGCUUGGCCGUGUUGGUCAAAGUAUCCUCACAGCUCCGCUCAUCUGGCCGUUGGUGGAACGCUCGAGGACCAAGCCGCGUCUCCCGGCGAUCCGCUCUUUUUCCUUCACCACACCAACCUCGAUCGUCUUUGGUGGAGAUGGCAGCAGGACAACCUACCCAGCCGUCUGUAUGAAAUGGGUGGACGAAGUAUUCCCAAGCUUUCCAGCCUUGUCAGCUAUGGUUGGCUCUUCCCCAGCGACGCCAUCAUGGACUAUGACGGAGAUGCAUACAACACGACGACCUUGAACCAUAAUCUGUGGAUGGUCAAUAUCGCUCCCAACGCCACCGUGGGGGACGUCAUGGAUCUCGGUGGGGACUUGAUCUGUGCUGAAUAUGUGAACUAG